CGUGCCCUCGAGUGCAUCGCGAUGCGUGUCAUGUGACAGGCCUGUGUGAAAAAUGCCAACAUGGACCCGUGGCAAGGACGAUGUUCUUCCCUACAAUAAUUUCAAACGGGACUUCUGGACUCAUUUUAUAUUGCACAUCCGCAAUCCGGACGUUACGAUCCGAAUUUACUCGAGCGUUUACAAACUGUGGUGCUCACUGGCGAUACCUUCACCCAUCCUCUGAUCUCCAUACCAACAAAUGGUCUCCAUAAGUGACGGAGCGGUGGCCACUGCUAAUGAAUCGUUCACGGACCACACCUCGGCCGCCUUACACUUCAUAGAGGUGGGAAGCAGCGAGGGUGGAAGCUCCAUCUCGUGCUCCAGUCCCGAAUCCGGAGAUGCAGGUGCUCGGCUCAGCUGCAGCCCGGGCGAGGAAGAUGAGGAUGAAGGGCUGCUGCAGAAUUAUUUUGACUCCAAUGAGGACUUUUUGGCUCAGUCCAAGCUGCCAGAUUUUAUAUCUCAGCUCCCCAGCACCUUUUCUCCAACCCUGGAGGACAUUGAGGAAUUCUUGAUGGAGAAGAUGGAGCUGGUGAACGAUGCUCCUCCGAGUCCGGAGGAGAAGGCGAAGGAGGACGACCCUCCCGCGCAGCCGUCUUCCCCUGGCGACGAGGAGUCGAAACCCACCGUGACGACGCCGACCCCCGUUGUUCAAAGUCUCGGUGCCGCGGCAACUAGCGCUGCUCCAGUGCUCGUUGGUGCUCCACUGGUGCUACAGUUGCAACCUCUCCAGCUAAGCCACGCCCUCCCACAACCAGACGCCCAAACGGGUGUGGCCAGUGGGCUCCGAGUGGCCCACCUGGUGCUUGGUGUCCAAGGGGCACAGAACAUUACCCUUCUCUCAUCGCAGGUGCCCUCGGCAACCAUACUUCCCAUUGUUGGCGAAGCUAUCAACCAAGACCAAAAGUAUGUGAAGAUCGCCCCUCUGCCUAUCACGGUCAGGGCGGUUGGAAUCACGGGCGCGGGUCUGGUCAAAGCCAUCACGCCACGACCAUCCAGGCCCACCGCAGAAACCCUGCGGGUACAUAAGUGCUCUCACCCGGGGUGCGAGAAGAUGUACACCAAGAGCAGCCACCUUAAAGCUCAUUUUCGCAGACAUACGGGUGAGAAGCCCUACCUGUGCAGCUGGCCAGAUUGCGGGUGGAGGUUCUCUCGCUCCGACGAGCUAUCGCGCCACCGGCGGUCUCACUCGGGAGUCAAGCCUUACGAGUGCACAAUGUGCGACAAAAAGUUCGCCAGGAGCGACCACCUGUCCAAACACACCAAGGUGCACCGAGGUCCACGUGCUGGCAGACUGGUCAGGGCCAACGUCUGACUGCCGGAUCCCAGACACAUGCCUGGAGUCUCUUACUUAGUUCAAGCAAUGAUAUCUAAACAGGCUCAUAAGCUGUAACCCUUCGCCUUUAUUUUGGUCUGUUUCCCCGAGUUUUUUAUGGUUAAUCCAGGCGUUUGUUUUUCUUGGUGCUACAGUCAGCUAACUUGAAUCUCAGGGAUGUGAUUAUUAAGCUCAAAGCAGAUUUCUGGCUUUCGGUGGACUAAAGUAAAGCUCACCAACAAUUCCAUCGGUUUAUUGUUGUAACGCUUCAGGCGGAGAUGCAGCAUUUUAUGGGAUUUGUUUUUAUCGCUUUUAAACAAGUAAGGAGAUUUAAAACGCAAUAACCAAUUUGGAGGAAAAGUGUGUCUUGUAUAUUUUGUGUAUAUAUGCGUUAUAGGUUUAACCAGGUGGGGAGUUCAGUAUUUUGUUUGGCUAAACUAAAGCCAAACUUCCUUCUUCUUUUUAAAUGCGAACAUAACUACAUGCACUAUUAUUUAGGCUAUGAUAAUAUGCAUUAUUAAACAUGGCCUCUGUCAGUAUAUCAUAAAUAUCAUGCAAAACUAUUAGAAAAUGCGUGGGUCGUAUUUCACCGUAAAGAAAAAAUAGAAAUUACGUUUUGCAUUAAAGGGAUAAUUCACCAAAAAAUUUAAAGUUUCUUUGUUCUGCCGAAGAUAUUUUGAAGACUGUUUGUAACCAAGCAAAUAUGGGGCAACAUUGACUCGUAUAAUAAAAAUACAUAAUACUAUGAAAAUGAAUGAUGCCCCAGAUCUUUUUGGUUAUUAACAUUUUUCUAAAUAUCUUCAUUUGCGUUCAGCCGAACAAAGAAAUUUAUACACAACUUGUGGGUAAGUAAAUGAUGCCAGAAGUUUUCUCUAUGGUGAACCAUCCCUUUAAGAAAAUUAAGUCGGUUUUGGCAAAUUGUAAAUAGUCUAUUGUAAGGGGUAUGAUGUAAUACUCACAACAAUAGUAACGUUAAGUGUAAUUGUAAGUGUACAUCAAGGCGGUAUUUGAUGUACUGAAUGUAUUGCGAUGAAGAUUUAGUUGCCGGGUCCCACCUAAAAGAUUUUCCCAGUUAUUUAUGGUUGUCGAUUUUCAGAUUGUACGAUAUACAUCGUAGUCGUAAUUUGGUUCCAUUCGUGACGAUGAAAGCGUUUGUUGACUGUCAUCAGUCAAUACGAUUAAUUUGAGCCUUUUGGCAGUUUCAGAAAUAUUGCAAAGGCAAUGAACAGCAAAGUCAAUAGAGCUUAACGCGAUAAGCAACCUCACUUUCCUCGCUCAAAUGAGCACACGGAUUUACUAUAAUAGUAAUUUACGUUUUGAUGCAAAAAUUGGUCUUGAAAAUAUGCUUAAUUUUCUUGACCCAAGCUAUAAAAUUAAAUGAAAACAAUAUGACCCAGAUGUUAUAGCACUAUUGAAGUACUCUGGUAGAGUAUAGCGCUUACGUAAUUAAAGGUUAGGUCCGUGCAGUUAUGUGUGCGAUGUCUCACCAUAUUUAAGUUUAUAUUUUUUUACUUGCUCUUAUUUUUUUAGUCCCUGUGCAAACCCAGUGGCUUUGAGAUAUCAGGAAUUUGUCUGGCGUAAUCACAUCCCUGCAUCGGCUGAGAAGUAUUUGUGCAUCAAGAUGCUCGUCCUGUUUUCUUGUGCCUCAUCUCUCUCAGUCUGUUGAGAGUGUAUGCCAAACCAGAGUCUCGCCUGUUUAUGGGGCUUUGGAUAACAUCACUACACGUAUGAAUGAACUUAUGUACUGUAAAACAGAUAUAAGCUAGAAACAAUUUUCUUUUCGAUCUGUAAUGAAAAUUGUUUCCUUUAUGUCAAUGUAAUGUGCUUUGCAUUAGGUCAAUGCAUUUUUCUAUGUAGUGCUGUCACGGUUGAUAAGCUAAAUCGCUGAGAACAGGUGUACUGUUCACAAAAACUGGCAGCUGGAUGCUUCCUGUCGACAUGAAGCUAUUUGGACACCCUAUAACCGUCACGUCAUUGAAGUCUUCUACUUUUCAUCCGCCGGACUUGAGUUUUCUUUUCGAAAAGAUUCAUGUUCAUCUAACACGCAGAAAUCAAUGUCUUGUAUCCUGUCAAGCUCUUGACAUCAUCUUGCCUUUUAACAUCCGUCUUAACUACUUUAUGCAUUUUAUUUCUGUUCUAGCUCAUGUAGGUUUUCACGAAUGAUCCGUUUCUCGGACUCAUCGAUACUCUGAAGUUUGUAGCUGUUGUAAGAUAUCCGAACGAUCAUGUAGGUGCAUCAUCUUUAAUAAUACACCUUUCUGAUUUACAGUAUUUCAGAUAGUACUACCAUGUACCCCUGUUUCAAAAUGCUCUCAAGACAUUUCUGUUUUGGGAAUUAUAGCAUUUGUUUUCCUUUAACAAGGGCUCAUUCUUGAUUAUCUGCCUUCACCCUCAUCCCAAUAAAAGCAUUAAAUUAU